CGCAUUGAAGGAUGAGAAAAAUUGAAAGAAGCUAAUCUAGCUAAUCACUUCGCCAAAUUUCCAUGAUAUCGACUAAUCGAGUUCUACAUUUAUGUUUUUCGCUGAGUUUUCUAAUAACAAACCGAUUAUGUCAAAAAUAUGGUGGAGAUGAACCUCUAGUUAUUCCGGUUAAAGGAGCACAAGCUAUGUUUCCAGCACUUAUAACUGCGGAUAACUUUCCUUUAUUCCCGUUCACAGAUCAGUUUAACACAGGUAUUGAAAUUAAUCCGGCUAAUAAAGUGAGCAUGGCUGGAGAUUUGAUUGUUCCAGUUCCUGGUUGGGGUAACUUCGAUGUAGACGGAAAUGUUUACUAUGGACAUAUUAAUGUCGAUACUAAAGUAGGAUAUCAAAUUCGACCAACGAAUCAUCUCAAUAUUAAACCCGAAACAUUGGCUCUUUUAGGACAGAAUCCAGCAUUCCGAGAAGCAAGAAAAAAGGCAAAGGAAGUUAUUGUGGGAAGAAUUCCUUAUGGUUAUGAACCAAUCAAGUGUAAACCACCAUAUUGCAAUCCAUUCGUUCAUCAUGCUGGAGUUGCUGUUGAAGUUGAGCAAGGAGAUGACUCCUUCUUCAUUGGUGGAAUUGAUUUUCCACUUCCGAUCGGCGAGAAUGGAGCAGGAGUCAGAUUCCCAUUAUCGGGAGCUGUCGAACAGGGAACUUCGCCAUACGCAUACGCUCAUGGAAACGCAUUCAAUCCUGUGUCUCCAUUUGAUUUUCGAAAAAUUGAUAGCGACGACGUGAAACCAGAUUGGCCUUAUGCGCCGGGAUCUCGAAGAAGAGCACCGGAGAAGAAAAAAAAAAUGAAUGAUGAGCAGAAAAAUGCGUUCUAUUCAAAAUUCUACGACAAGCUUCCACAAUAAUAACACUACGAGUUUAAUAAUUGAUAAUAAUAACAAUAUUAAUAACUAAGUUUUAAUAAAGCCACAAAACAUUCUUCGA